UUUAACAAUCAGCUAGUUAUGAGUUUGAAGCGUCCUAUCACAGAUCUUCAGUCAGAUGAUGACGACUCUGAUGUAGAUGUUGAUGAUGAAUUCAGUGAUGAUGACGAUGAGUUGGAGGACGAGCCUGCCUCAAGAUCAAAGAAGAAGAAGACGAAUGUGAACAAAUUCAUCUUGGACGAAGCAGAGGUUGAUGAUGACGCAGAGGAUGACGAUGAUGACGACCUAGAAGAGGGUUUCGAGCAGCUCAUCAAUAAAGAUGAAGACGAGGAGGAGGGAACAAGUGAAUCGUUCCGUCAUCAAAGACGAUUGGAUCAUCUCCUACAAAUGCAGGAAGAGGAUAAACUUGAAGAGUAUUACAGGAAGAAGUACGCUGAAGUGGACGCAGAGGAAGCCAUCGACACCAGCAACUACGCCAAGAACGAGGAAGUAAAACAACAGAGUGCACUGCCGGGAGUAAAAGAUCCUAGAUUGUGGCAGGUCAAGUGCCGAAUGGGCGAGGAGAAGCAAACAGCAAUAAAACUGCUCAGGAAGUACAUAAACCUGGAAGUGAACGGCGAUCCACUGCAGAUCAAAUCAGUUGUAGUUCCAGUGGGAGUGAGGGGGUGUAUUUAUAUUGAGGCGUUCAAACAGUCACACGUCAAGGCAGCUUUAGCCGGGGUCAAUGCGCUCGGAAUGGGAAAGUGGCAGCAACCUAUGGUUCCUAUCAAUGAGAUGGCUGAUGUUUUAAAGGUGGUCAGUGAGCCGAUGGCUAUCAAGACCCACUCCUGGGUGAGAAUAAAGCGAGGAGUAUACCGUGACGACCUAGCUCAAAUAGACUACGUAGAACACAAUCAGAACAAAGUAGUGUGCAAGAUGCUGCCUCGUGUUGACUACAAGAAAGUCAAGAGCAUGUACAAGGACCGGGAACCAGUCCAGUCUAGGUCCGGCAGAUCAGCCAAGGGGCGUCCAGCUCAGAAGUUGUUUGAUGCUGACCUCGUCAGAUCUCUGGGUGGCGAACUGAAAAAAGACGGAGAUUUUAUUAUCUUCGAGAGCGGUCGAUACAGGAAUGGUUUUCUCUUUAAAACACUAGCGUUUACUGGUAUAACUAUUGACGGACCAAAACCAACGUUGGAAGAGCUAGAAAAGUUCGACGAACUACCCGAAAACGUAGAUCCAGACUUGCUACCGACCGAUAAGAAGCUGAACUCUGAUUCGAUAUUUUCCGCUGGAGACAUUGUUGAGGUUUGCGAGGGUGAGCUGAUCCACAUGACUGGUACCAUCAUCAGUAUUUCUGGUGACAAAGUCACGAUUGUCCCAAAUCAUGCAGAUUUAAAGAAUGCAGGAGCCCUCGAUUUCCCUUCUCGAGAGCUAAGAAAGAUCUUCAAGGAUGGAGAUCACGUGAGAGUGAUACACGGCAAAUAUGAAGGUGAGACAGGGUUAGUGGUACGAGUAGACGACAACGUGGCGGUGAUCGUGGCUGACACAACAUACUCCGAGAUGAAGGUCAGACCCAGAGACAUGCAGCUGUGUACCGAGAUGAACUCGGGGGUUGACAGCCAGGGUAUGUACCAAAUUGGGGACGUGGUGGAGGUAGAUCAGACAACCAUUGGAUAUAUCGUCAGGAUUGAGAGGGAAUCCGUCCGAAUCCUAACUCAGCACGGCAAGACUCAGUCAGUGAGAAACAAUGCCAUCGCCAGGAAGCUGAGAUGUGGUCAAGCUCUGGACUCACAGCAGAACUUCGUGAGAAGUAAGAACAUUGUGAAUGUGCUGGAUUCUGGUUCUCAAGGUGAAAUAAAACACAUCUGGAGACACUUUCUCUUCCUCUUCAACAGGUGUCACGGUGAAAAUGGCGGAAUUUUCGUCGUUAAGGCGAGAAAUACCAUUCUUGCAGGAGCUCAGAAACUUCCCUCGGAUCUUGCUGGUGCCUCGCCCAGACUGGCUUCGCCCUCGAGAAGUCCCAUGAGAUCCCCAAUGAGGACACCAAGUCAUGGUGCUAGACAAGGAGGAAGAGAUAAGAGAGACAGAGAGUUCAUUGGGAAGACAGUCAGAGUUAAACAGGGAGCCUACAAAGGAUAUGUGGGUAUCGUGAGAGAUUCAACUGAUACAACUGCCAGAAUAGAACUUCACACGGACUGUAAGGUUAUUUCAGUGGAGAAGGGACAUUUGAUAGAAGUAACAACAGCUACAGGAGGGUUCACUACACCCUCCACACCUUACAUUACAAAAACACCAGCUUACGGCGGAGUUGGAUCAGCAACUCCAAUGUAUGGCUCACAUUCAGGUAGCAGGACGCCUAUGUAUGGGUCCGGAGGAGGUCAGACUCCAACAAGAGGGUCAGGAGACAGGACUCCGUACUAUGGUGCUCAGACUCCGACUCAUGAUGGAGGUAACACUCCCCGAGCAGGAGGGUUCAGUGCCUGGGAUCCUAACUAUCCUAACACCCCAGCCCGGUCAGAUGAGUACACUGACUUCUACGACAACUCACCCUCUCCAGCUCCCUUCAGUCCUGCAAACCCUCAGACCCCAGGCUAUGGGGAACCAAUGACCCCAGGGUAUGCUAUGGAUAGUUUGGGUAACCCAGCCACUCCAGGGACCUCCUCAGAUUACAACCCCUCCAGUCCCAGUGUUCCGUCUCCAGCUUCCCCCGCCUCCCCCUACACAGAACCCAGUCCUUCUCCUGGUGCAUCUAGUUUAGGUCCUCCCUCUCCCGGGUCUGAGCAGUCAGUCCCCAGUCCGUACAGCACCAGUUCCGGAGCACCCAGCCCCAUGACACCCCAGACAGCUAACGAGAAUUGGCCUCUGCCUGGUAUCGAGGUGGUCAUGUUGGACAGCUUUGAGGACGGUCAGUACAUCGGUCAGCCUGGUUACAUCAGGGCAGUGUCCGGGAUGAUAUCUACUGUCUGGCUGUACGAGGAGGAACGGGAGUUCGAAUGUCAGUCUUAUCAGAUGAAACCUGUCGUUCCAAAGAAACAGGACAAGGUUGUUAUAAUUACUGGAAAUAGGCGGGGCAACUACGGACAGCUUAUAAACAUUGAUAACGAUGAUGGCAUUGUAAAGGCAGAUAAAUCGUUAGAGUUGAGAAUCCUGAAACUAGACUCGUUGGCAAAACUCUCCACACACCACAAUUGAGGAGCUGUGAAUAAUUGUUUUAAAGGAACCCUGCGUUACCAGGUUACCACGUUACCCUGCGUUACGGCAAAAUAAACUUUCGACUAUAACUGCUGUAUUUAAUGGUAAGUAGUACUGUAGUAACUUCCGCGUGAUUUAUCAUUCUUGUUAUCUGGUGCCAACUUUUCUAGCGAUUUUUGCGAUUGAGAAACAUUUGAAGCGUCUCAACCGCUUUUUUCCAUCAUAAAUUGUUGGGUUUUAUGAUUUAAUUUUGGACAGCCAACCAAUUUCACAAUCAAUUUCAAUAAUGAAACAUAUAUUGAGAUUAUCAAUAAACUUGGCCUGGCGUUAUAAGUUGGGGAAGUUACAGCCACCUUUGAAUAAUUACUAAAUUAAUAUUUUGCUACAAAAUUGACAGUUCAGUAUCAUAUCGUAUUUGAAAAUUAAUUUUAAAACGAAUAUUAAUGAUUUACUUCAAGGUGUUUUUCGUUAUAUAUCUGAAAUUCACGAUCCUUCAAUUUUGAUUAAUGUUUAUGAUUAUCUAUUAUUGCAUAACUAAAUCAAAUAAAAUGUCCCUAAGUUUGACCCUAAUCCCCUUGUAGCUAUGUCGAUAGUAUCAGACCCCAGGUCGGGCAACUCCCCCGCCUCCUCUCCUCUCUUCUCCCCACCCACUUCCCCGGCUGCUGGUGGCUCUCUUUCUCCCACUGUCAGUGGUCCGGGUUCCCCUGUCGGCUCCCCUCCAGCUCGAGCUUCACCAAGUGGCCUCUCACCCACUAUCCACGAUCAGAAUGUCCAGAAUGCGGCGGCGGCUAGUGUUGGAUCCCAAGUCAAGAAAGCAAUGAUAUACGUGUGCGGCGAGUGUCGCAGUGACAAUGAGAUCAAGUCACGUGACCCCAUCAGGUGCAGGGAGUGUGGACACAGAAUAAUGUACAAGAAGAGAACCAACAGAAUGAUGGUUUUCAACGCCAGAUAAAAUACAGUUCUUAUAACAUAGAUUUUUAAAGUUCACAAAAAUAAAUUUCGCACCUGCAGCUUUCGUCUGGAAAGGAGCUCUUUUUUAACGACUUAUUUAUUGAGACUGAUGCUUAUUUAUUUUUAGGGUGCCUUUAUAACUCGAUACUUUUUAUAAUCCGCUGGAGAAAGGUUUGUAAAGAUUUCACCGGUUGAACUUUAUCCUAACUAUAGAUGGGACGAAAAGAACAAUGUUUUUGCAAUUUCGUUGUUGUGAAAGCCCUAGCCAUUCUGUUGCAAAGAAAAUAUCCAAGUUAUAUAAAUCCGAACUUGCGAUUUAUCAAAUUUCUUUCUAGACAUGAUAAAAUGUUUAACAGUUGGUGAUUUAAAUUAGAAACUUAACAUUUUAAACUUUUACUGCAUUUUAUUAUCA